CGAGAGACCCGGAAGUAGUUACGGAGCUCGGCCGAGAAGGCGCGGUGUGAGUAGUGUGCCGUUGUUUUUCCUCGCUCGCUGCUCCUGCCGCCGCCGCCAUGGGGAAGCGACAGCACCAGAAGGACAAGAUGUACAUUACCUGUGCUGAAUACACUCACUUCUAUGGUGGCAAGAAACCAGAUAUCGCACAAACAGAUUUUCGUCGUCUACCUUUUGACCACUGCAGUCUCUCUCUACAGCCCUUUGUCUACCCGGUCUGCACCCCCGAAGGCGUCGUCUUUGACUUGCUGAACAUUGUCCCUUGGCUUAAGAAGUAUGGGACCAACCCCAGCAACGGAGAGAAACUGGACGGGAGGUGUCUGAUCAAGCUGAACUUUGCAAAGAACAGUGAAGGGAAGUACCACUGCCCUGUGCUGUUCACCGUGUUCACCAACAACAGCCACAUCGUGGCCAUCAGGACCACCGGCAACGUCUAUGCCCACGAGGCGGUGGAGCAGCUAAACAUCAAGGCCAAGAACUUCCGAGACCUGCUGACCGACGAGCCCUUCUCCCGGCAGGACAUCAUCACCCUGCAGGACCCCACCAGUUUGGACAAAUUCAAUGUCUCCAACUUCUUUCAUGUUAAGAAUAACAUGAAAAUAAUAGACCCAGAUGAAGAAAAGGCCAAGCAGGACCCAUCUUAUUAUUUGAAAAACACGAACACGGAGACCCGAGAGACGCUGCAGGAGCUCUACAAGGAGUUCAAAGGGGACGAGGUGCUGGCGGCCACCAUGAAGGUCCCCGAGAAGACAAAGGUGGACAGGCUGAACGCUGCCCACUAUUCCACCGGGAAGGUCAGCGCCUCCUUCACCUCCACUGCCAUGGUUCCCGAGACCACGCAUGAAGCAGCCGCCAUUGACGAGGACGUGCUGCGCUACCGGUUUGUGAAGAAGAAGGGCUACGUGCGGCUGCACACCAACUUGGGCGACCUCAACCUGGAGCUGCACUGUGACCUGACGCCAAAAACCUGUGAGAACUUCAUCAAGCUUUGCAAGAAGCAGUACUACGAUGGCACCCUCUUCCACAGGUCCAUCCGCAACUUCGUGAUACAGGGGGGUGACCCCACGGGCACAGGCACAGGGGGGGAGUCGUACUGGGGAAAGCCCUUCCGAGACGAGUUCCGGCCCAACCUCUCGCACACGGGCCGCGGCGUCCUCAGCAUGGCCAACUCAGGGCCCAACACCAACAAGUCUCAGUUCUUCAUCACCUUCCGCUCCUGCGCUUACCUGGACAAGAAGCACACCAUCUUCGGGCGGGUUGUUGGAGGCUUUGACACACUGACGGCCAUGGAGAAUGUGGAGAGUGACCCCAAAACUGACCGCCCUAAGGAGGAGAUUCGCAUGGACUCCGCCACAGUGUUUGUGGACCCCUACGAGGAAGCCGAUGCCAAGAUCGCUGAGGAGCGGAAGAAGACGCGGCUGGAGGCAGCGGCCCUGGAGAGCACAGCCAAGACCAGCCAGCCCCAGCAGGGGAGCCAGGGCCCCCAGACGUACCGCCAGGGGGUGGGCAAGUACAUCAGCCCGGUGGUCACGAAACGGGUAGCAGAGGAAGAACCCUCCACCAGUGCAGCUGUCCCCGUGGCCAAGAAAAAGCCCAGCCGAGGUUUUGGGGACUUCAGCUCGUGGUAGCAGCAGGCUGGCCGCUCUGGAUUCUGUCCUCCUGACUGUGACACUGCUCCCUUGGCUUCCAAGGAGCUCCCGUGGAGGAAGGAGCUGCCUCCUCCCAGGCCCCGUCUGCUCCUGCUGCGAGGCCAACAGGGUCAUCGCUGCCCUCCCCUACUCUCAGCACCUGUG